AUCCAUCAUUUCGAAUUUGCAUUUGGAAAUCAAACACACAACACAAGGCAAUAAAAUAAUAAUAAUAUAUAAAUGGGUUCCCUUCCCCACGUAGUAGAGGAUUGCAUGGGCUUCCUUCAACUCUAUAGCGACGGUUCCAUUUACCGUUCAAACGACUUCAAAUUUCAAAUUCCAACAAUAGAAGAUAACUCCGUAACCUUCAAAGACUGUCUUUUCGACAAAAAAUUCAAUCUCUCUAUUCGUCUCUACAAACCCAACAACAAUAAGAAUAAAAAACUUCCCGUGAUUAUGUUCCUUCAUGGUGGAGGCUUUUGUUUCGGCUCCCGUACAUGGCCCCAUAUUCACAAUUGUUGUAUGAGUCUAGCCACUGGACUUCAAGCACUGGUGAUUGCACCGGACUACCGGCUAGCACCGGAGCACCGGCUUCCUGCUGCAAUUGAUGACGCCGUCGAAGCCGUGAGGUGGCUUCAAAGGCAGGGGUUGAGCCAUGGUUAUGGAGAGCCAUGGUUGACUGGUGACGUUGACUUUGGCCGUGUGUUUAUUAUGGGUGACUCUUCUGGCGGGAACAUUGCGCACCAGCUUGCGGUUCGGUUUGGAUCGGAUCGAAUGGCUAUUGAACCUGUACGAAUAAGAGGUUAUGUUUUAAUGGCGCCGUUUUUUGGCGGGGAAAUACGGACCGAAUCUGAGGAAGGUCCUUCAGAACAGACAUUGAAUCUUGACUUAUUAGACAGAUUUUGGAGGUUGUCAAUGCCUGUUGGAGAGACUAGAGAUCAUCCAUUGGCUAAUCCAUUUGGACAUGGAAGUCCAAAUCUUGAAGAAAUGAAGCUUGAUCCCAUUUUGGUGAUAGUUGGUGGCAAUGAAUUGCUUAAAGAUAGGGCUGCAAAUUAUGCAACAAGAUUGAAAGGAAUAGGAAAAGACAUUAAAUACAUUGAGUUUGAGGGGUGUGAACAUGGGUUUUUCACGCAUGAUUCAUAUUCAGAAACUGCGAAAGAGGUUCUACAUGUCCUUAAACAAUUCAUGCUUCAAACUUCUACAUAUCCUUAAGUAAUCCAUAUUUUUAGCCUAUAUUAAAACAGUUUGUAGGAUUAAGGAAAUAAAUAAGUCAUUGUUAUCGGUUUGUAGUUUUUAGUGGAGUUUGUAGUUAGCUACUAUUUUUAGUAUUUUGUGUUGUGGUAUAUAAUUGUCGAUUGUAUAAGUUAGUUUUCGAGUGUAAAACUUUAUAAAAUUCACAAUUUUAAGUGAGUGCAUUGCUUA